CUUCAGAGGGAUCUAGCGGAUGGCUCACUGGCUUCUGGUGACUCCUUCUACAUACGGGUCAAUCUCAAUAUCUCCAGCCAAUCAGACAACUGCACUCUGAGUGUGCACUGUGAUGAGGUGGUGCAUGUGCUGGACACCAGGCACCAGAGCCGCUGUGAGUGGCUCUGUUCUCGUGUCGACCCCUACACCGGCUCCAACCUGCCCGACCGUGGCACCAUACCCAGCAACUCACGGGCCCAGCAGCUGCUCUUGGUAAAAAUUCAGAAGUUAGUGUGUCGAGGGGGGAAAGAAGAGAAUGAAAUCCAUCGCAACAGCAGGAACAAUUUACAGCCGGAAGAAGGCAGCCCCUCUCCUGAUCCUAAAGCCAGCCCACGCAUGUCUAGAGCCAGCAUCUUCCUCACUCAGAUACUACAGUUUGUCAGCAGGGUGGAUAUCAAGUACAAGCGAAUGAACAGCAGUGAACGCGUGAGGAUCAUCAACUCAGCAAGCACAACACUACCCAGACAAAGUUUUGAGAUGCUUAGACCAGAAGAUGCUGCUGACCCAGACAGUGAGCUGAGCAGGAGUUUGAGCCUGAUUCCCUACAGUCCCGUCACGCCCCAGCGGACCCAGAGGAGAAGACCAGUCCUCUUCACUCCCACUGCUCUAGCCAAAACCUUUAUCCAGAAAAUACUCAACAUGGGGGGAGCCAUGGACUUUAAUACCUGCAAUCCAGACGUCAUGUCCAAAGAAGAGUUUCAUCUGAAACAGAAUGUGGAGCCCUUCAUUCACUACAGAGAGAAACAUGCCACAUUUGAAUGCAUCACCCGAGAAAACAUAGAGGCUGUCGCUGCUAAGGGCAAGCACUGCCUGCUGGAGGCUGAGCUGAGCUGCAUUAAAGACCUGCUGCGGAGAGAAAUCUACCCAAUCAUCAUCUAUGUCAAGAUCUGUGAGAAAAACAUCAAGAAGUUACGGAAGUUGCCUCUGCGCGUGGAGGAGGAUGAGUUUGUGAAGAUGUGUCGGGCAAAAGAGAAGGAGCUGGAGGGCAUUCCCUGCCUGUACGCCAGCCUGGAGCCUGAGUCCUGGACAGGGACAGACGACCUCAUAAAGGUCAUCAAAGACCGGAUACUGGAGGAGCAGAAGAAGAUGGUUUGGGUGGAGCAGGACCUCCUGUAGACACACACACAGAAAAACACAACGGUCUGUACAUGAAAAUGAACACGUGUAGCUGAGCACCAUUAAACAGACCUUGUAAAUUAUGCUUUCAUGCAUAUAUAUAUUUAUGCUCAGACAUAAAAAUGCACAUGUGGACACUUGCUUGUUAUAGACUUACAAUUAAUGCAUUAUAUAUUUUGUAAAUGUGUGCCUUUCCUUUGAUUUAGAGAAAUAAACAAAUGAAAAACAUCAAAAAGGGUCUUUUUUAACUUCAAGGUUUAGCAUUUAAGGAGAACGUGUUCAAAGUGCACUUCUGUGAACUUUCAAUUUCGGUCUGAGCCUACAUAACUUUGAUUGUACUGUCCUCUGGUGGCUAAUGUCGGAUUUCCACACUGUAAAGACUCCAGUCAAAUAAUUUCAACCAAAAAUCUGAAGAAUUACCAUGGUUUUGUGCUGCAGAAUUUAAAUCAACAUUAAGUAAGCAGGAAGAAACAUAACAUCCAAGCUCAGUGAUUUUAAAAAGUCAGCUGUGCCAGAACUCAUUAUCAGCUGGAUAACCCCGAACCCCUUCAAAUCUGAAACACAGACUCAUGUAAAAUGCCAUUUCUGGAUUUGCUCAGCUAUUUUAUCUAUAACUCACUAAACCAGCACAGUCUCUGGCCACUUUGCUGAUUCCUGCAGCUUAAAAAGCUGUGUUGAGACAGACCAGAAGGUUAAAUUUUACAAAUAUGGGCAGGCCACGGAGGGAUUUAGAGUAACCUCUUUCGUAAGGGAGAAAGAUAAUCUCCUCAUCUGUGGGGAGGUGCAUGCAUAGGGCAAUAUGCAGUAUUCAAAUGCUCAUAUCAGCCACAUACUGGAUAUAAGAAACCCAGAACAGCCUUACUUUAGUCAAAACCACUGCAUUUUUGCUCCAUGCAGUGUAA